UGUUGCUUACAGGGGUCGGAGAGACAGUGCGGCGUGACAGCGGAGCGAAUCUUUGCGUUUUCCUAAUGGUUUCGUGUCAUUUUCAGCUGUAGAGUACUGUUACGCUGCAUUGUACUCUUUUGCAGACGCAGACCGACAUCACACUUCGUACCGCAGAAACAAGGCGCGCGCGCUGCGGAAGCAACGAUGGGCUCUGUUGUUUAGGUGACUUCGGCGGCGCGAGCAGCUGAGCUGGCAAUGGAGUGGGCGCGUGAAGGGUGGUGCUAUGCGGGCACGGCGAUGAUCAUGACACCCCGGCGGAACCGAGGUCCUCUGUGAACGCGCGCCUGCUUGGUUUGCGGACGUUCCCCAGGCGGAUACCGCACGCACACUCACGCACCCGCACACCCUAGAGACGUCACCGGGUGCUCCAUCCUCCGGGUCCGCUGUCGCGCGAUCCUUCCUGCCCGGCGGCCCGCGAGGCAGCUGCGCCAUGGAGGGUCAGCACGAGGAGCAGCGCGAGGCUCCGCAGGGCACGGCCGAGCACAUCAAUGACGCGGAGCUCGCUCUGCAGGGAAUCAACAUGCUGCUGAACAACGGCUUCCGGGAGAGCGACGAGCUCUUCAGAAAGUACAGGAACCACAGCCCCCUCAUGAGCUUUGGAGCCAGCUUUGUCAGUUUCCUGAAUGCCAUGAUGACAUUUGAGGAGGAGAAGAUGCAGAUGGCCUGUGAGGACCUCAAGGCCACUGAGAAGCUGUGUGAGAGCGACAUUGGUGUCAUCGAGACCAUCAAGAACAAGAUCAAGCGCAGUGUGGACUCCCAGAGCACAGGAAUGACUGUGGUGGACCGGCUGCAGAGGCAGAUCAUCGUAGCAGACUGCCAGGUGUACCUCGCUGUGCUUUCCUUUGUCAAGCAGGAGCUCUCUGCAUACAUCAAAGGGGGAUGGAUCCUGCGCAAGGCCUGGAAGAUGUACAACAAGUGUCACAGCGACAUCAGCAUGCUGCAGGAAUCGUGCCAGCGGCGUGCCUCAUCAGACCGGGCCAAUGACAACGCGGCCCCACGGGGCCCCGCCGUCACUGCUGAGGCUCUGAGUCGCCUCAAGGGUUCCGUUAGUUUCGGCUACGGCCUCUUCCACCUGUGCAUCUCCAUGGUGCCGCCCAACUUGCUCAAGAUCAUCAACCUGCUGGGCUUUCCAGGCGACCGGCUGCAGGGGCUCUCCUCACUCGCGUAUGCCAGUGAAAGUAAGGACAUGAAGGCUCCACUUGCUACGUUGGCCCUUCUAUGGUACCACACUGUGGUACAGCCCUUCUUUGCUCUCGAUGGCUCGGACACCCAUACGGGCCUCAUGGAAGCCAAGUCAAUCCUCCAGAAGAAGGAGGCCGUCUAUCCUAGCUCCUCCCUCUUCAUUUUCUUCAAAGGCAGAGUCCAGCGUUUAGAGUGUCAGAUCAACAGUGCCUUAACAUCCUUCAAUGACGCAUUGGAACUAGCCACUGACCAGCGUGAGAUCCAGCAUGUGUGUCUGUAUGAAAUUGGUUGGUGCAGCAUGAUUGAGAUGAACUUUCAUGAUGCAUACAAGUCCUUUGAGCGCCUGAAGAAUGAAUCCCGGUGGUCGCAGUGCUACUACGCUUAUCUGACAGGAGUAUGCCAGGGUGCUUCUGGCGACCUAGAAGGUGCCAUCAGCGUCUUCAGAGAUGUUCAGAAGCUCUUCAAAAGGAAGAAUAAUCAGAUAGAGCAAUUCUCUUUCAGGAAGGCGGAGCGCCUACGCAGGAUGUCCCCCACAAGGGAGUUGUGUAUUCUGGCAGCUAUCGAGGUGCUGUACCUGUGGAAGGCGUUGCAAAACUGUUCCUCCACCAAGUUGCAGCUCAUGAGCCAAGUUCUACAGGAAAUAGACGAUGUGUCGUAUGUUGGUUUGAAGUUCCUGCUGCUGGGUGCGAUUCACAAAUGCCUGGGAAACAAAAGGGAUGCCAUUCAGUUCUUCCAGCUGGCUGCCAGGGAUGAAGCAGGUCGACAGACAAACUCCUACGUACAGCCGUAUUCCUGCUAUGAGUUGGGCUGCGUUCUGUUGGAAAACCCAGAGUCCGUAGGAAAGGGAAAAGCAUUGCUUCUCCAGGCAAAGGAGGAUUACGUAGGCUACGACUUUGAGAACAGACUUCAGGUUCGCAUCCACUCAGCUCUGGCCUCCCUUAAGGAAGUGGUCUCUCAGUGAGCCACCCCCCAUUGACUACCUGCACUCCCUUCCCCCGAAUCUGCACUUUGUGUUGUGCACAGCAACACCUCGUUCUUACAGGGAGUCUGGCUUUAUUAAUGAAAGCCGUCUGCUGCAGUCUGUCACCUUUUAAAAUAAAACUUAAUUACUUUUUAGAUGUUUUACAUGUUACAGUGAGAAAACAAGUUUUAGUCAUUUAGUCAUGAUCAGGUAAGGUGGUUCAUGACCACCUAAAGAAAAGCAUAGUCUGAAGUGAUUGUCUUACAGCAAACUCAUUUUAUUUCAUUAAUGUUCCCCAUUUGCCCACAUAGUGUUGAGAAACCGAGGAGAGUGUGCUAAAAUAAUUUUAAGUGAGAACAAUAAAAUCUGACCACAGAUCUGUGUGUUCUUUUGGAACACAGGAUAAAGCAAAGCAGUUGAAAUUUUUAGGAAGUUUUUUCUGCUCAAGAUUUGUUGCCAAAUAGUAGAUUUAAUUGAAGAUGAAAUAUGAAAAAGGCUGCCAUGCUAGUACUAAAAGAUGCCAAAGGGGGUUAAACUAGUUAAGGACAUGUUGCUGCUUCUGCAUCAGUGAAAUGCUGUGAGCCAAAGAGAGCUCCUAGAUGCCAAUGUGUACAUGAAGCUUUCCACAAAGCAGUACUUUAAAAGCACUGCAAAAUGUUUUGAGCCUGUUUCAUACCAGACUUGGCAAAGACACCUGUCCACCCAAAACUGCUGCUGUUCACAAAUGGCCUUUAAAUUGGCGUGCAAGACCAUGACUGUUUGAUGCUGAACUUGUGUUGGACUUUCUGCAGCUCCACUGUUCUGAUUUCUGUGGAAGCAACACAUGGCUAUGGCUGAAAAAGUAAAAAUACAUAGUCGAACCAAAAUGAAACCUUUUUUGUUUAAACUUAAGGAUGACUUUUUAAUGUAAAGUGUCAGUCUUGCAACAUCACAUGUACUUAAAUGGAAGGCAUCGGGAUUAUCGGGACAGUUCAUCUGUGCAGGUGUGGCUUAAUGGAAAGCAGAGAAUAAGAGUCCAGACCUAACCUUGGUGAAGUACAGUAAUUUGCAGUCUUAUUAAUCUUUUUAUUUUUUGUGUGUAAAAAAAGGUGACUUUUUUUUUUUUUUUAACCUGGGACUUGUAUAAUUUAUAAUGUAAUUCCUUGAAUCUUGAUAUCUGUAAGGAUUCUCUUCACAGUGGAAAGGUUACAGUAAUGUUAUAGGUUGACUGAAGCACCCUUCUGUCCAGGUUAGAAUAAAUAGUGCUUGUAACGUAAUUUUUACGUUUAUUUUCCUGAAUAUUUUAUUGCCGUACUUCCUACCAGAACAUACCAGUGACGAGUGCAUUUCAUCACCAGUAGAGAAGGCUAGACUGAGGUUUGCUUUCAUCUCCUAUUGCUUAAAGGACACUCUGAGGUGUGGCCAACCAGCAAUAAACACAAUACAGGAACAGAUGUGUCAGGACUCCUUUACACAUGGGGCCAUUCCCAGGAAGAUAACUAUAUUCUGUCUGUAAUCAUGAUUUAAGUGAUAUGCUUUAUUAAUUUCUGAAUAUUUAAUAUAAAUAGAAAGUUUGUCGGAUAUAUAUUUCUCAAACUCCCACUAACUUUCAGAUGAAGAGCAAGAAGACAAUUGGAAGUGAUUGAUAUAAUAAUGUUUCCAGAUGCAUUGUGCAGAACAUGUCAGCGAUGUGUAUCAAUAAGGCAUGAUGUUUUAUACGUAACGCAUAGUAAGUUAUACUAUUAAUAUGAGCAAAAGGGAAAGCUGUUUAAAAUCUUUGUCUCUGUGUUCAUUUUGGGGUAGAAUUGCUUGUGAGUGGUCUUUCCCUUUGCUCUUAAUGCUUGUUAAAAUCUAAAUUACAGACAGUACUGUAAUCCCUGAAUGGGAGGGCAGCCAAGAGAAAUUACUUCCAAAUAGUGGAAGAGGGGGUAAUAGUGUUUUUCCAGGAACUGGUUUUCCUGUGUUUCAGUUUGUUCAAGACCUCAGAAAACUGUCAUUAAACAGUGUUGGGAAACCUGGAAUACUUGCUGUUUGAUUU